CUGAUGCGAGAUAGAUGGCUCAUGAUCCCAUUGUUGAUGCAGGGCUGGCUGCUAGCGUCUCCAAUCAGUGUUCGUGAGCGCCCCUGUCCUCAAAGCUGUAGAUGUGAUGGGAAAAUAGUAUACUGUGAAUCCAAUGCCUUUCGGGACGUGCCAAACAAUGUGUCUGUGGGAUGCCAGGGCCUCUCUUUGCGCUACAACAGCUUAGUGAAUCUCAGCGCUAGUCAGUUCUCAGGCCUCAGUCAGCUUGUUUGGCUUUAUCUCGACCACAACUACAUUAACUCAGUGGACAGCCAAGCCUUUCAUGGGGUACGGAGGCUGAAAGAGUUGAUCCUCAGCUCUAACAAGAUCACACAGCUACAAAACAACACUUUCCAUACUGUCCCUAACUUACGCAAUCUUGACCUCUCUUACAACAAGCUGCAAGCCCUCCAGCCCAGUCAAUUUCUGGGCUUGCGGAAGUUACUUAGUCUCCACUUGCGGUCCAAUUCUCUGAAAACUGUCCCAAUGCGGGUUUUUCAGGAUUUGCGGAAUUUGGAGUUUCUCGAUCUUGGCUAUAAUCGAUUGCGAAGCCUCACUCGAAAUGCCUUUGCUGGGCUUCUUAAGCUGAUCGAACUUCAUUUGGAACACAACCAGUUCUCCAAGAUCAACUUCUCUCACUUUCCCCGCCUCACCAACCUGCGGGCACUCUAUUUGCAAUGGAACCGAAUUAAGUCAAUAAGUCAGGGUCUAACCUGGACAUGGACGUCCUUGCAAAAGCUGGACCUUUCUGGAAACGAACUGCAAAUAGUGGAUUCCAGUACGUAUCAAUGUCUCCCCAACCUACAGACCCUGAACUUGGACUCCAACAAGCUUAGCAACAUGUCCCAGGAGACAGUGGAUGCCUGGAUCUCCCUGACCACCAUCAGCCUAGCUGGUAAUGUGUGGUACUGUAGCCCCAGCAUCUGCCCCUUAGUGGCCUGGCUGAGAAACUUCAAGGGGAACAAGGAGACCACUAUGAUUUGUGCUGGGCCUAAGGAGGCCCAGGGAGAAAAAGUGAUCGAUGCAGUAGAAACAUUUAGUAUCUGUAAGGUCACUCCCACCACCCCUUUUGUCUCAACCACAGCCUCCCUCAACACCCCAUCUCAGUCUGAGCUCCUGCCCCUUCCCACUUUGUCCAGGGUUGAUGAGGAGUUGACCCGCAGUGGUACGGCCAUCCCCUCCCCUUCUGGGGCUUCCCCUACCACCCCAGAGCAGGAUUUUGAGUUUGUAUCCUUCCAUAAGAUUAUUGCUGGCUGUGUGGCACUUUUCCUGUCGGUGACUAUAAUUCUCCUGGUUAUUUAUGUGUCCUGGAAGCGCUAUCCCAGCAGCAUUAAGCAACUCCAGGAGCGCUCCAUGGUCAAAAUGCAGCAGAAAAAGGUGCAGGAAACAGAACGCACCCUCAGCUUGCCUCUGCAAGAGUAUUAUGUGGACUACAAACCUGCAAACUCUGAAACUAUGGAGGUGCUCGUUAAUGGGACUGGACCCUACACAUACACAAUCUCAGGAUCCAGAGAAUGUGAGGUAUGAUGCGUCACCCUCCUAAAAUCCAUUUCCACUGCGAGGCACGAGAGGUACCACAGCAGUUGAGUGCCCUGACGUUGUACAGGUAUGAACAGCCCAUAGUGGACUAGUGCCAGGCCCGUGGGGCGCUGCACCUCAACAUGGGCUUUGAGCCCCCCUCCACAGGGCUGUCUGAGGCCACCGGGUUGCAGGACAGGUCAUACUGCUGGUCUCUCCUCUGCGCCCACCGCCUCAAUCACGCGCACGGACCCCCAGUCCCCCCAACAGUGACCUGUGCAGACGGGGAGACCAGACAAGCACUCCCCUCUCCAUCUGGGCUACUGAGCAUGGUGUUGCUACAGUACUGUAUACUGCUGCAGAUCGUGAGGGAGAACAGCUGCAAAUCUGUACUGAGGGAUAACAUUCUGACUGAAGAACCUGUUAUUCAUAGAGAGAAUUAAUUUAUACCUUCACUAAUAAAAAUGUAAAUAUUCAUUAAUGGAAAUUAGAGAGCACUGUUAAAAGAUAGCAGAGCAUAUUUUACCCUUUGAUAUCCACAAUUACUGAAAAUAGUCCAAUACACUAUCACAUUCCUUCUGCUACUGAAAUGGUGUCCAGCAUCAUGAGGAGAAAUGGAAAUAAUUAUAUGAUUCAUUACUCUCAUUGAACUUAUUGACUCAGUUGCUCGCAGUUUUGGAACCUUCCCUGUGUUAAGUAAGUAAUUAAAUAGAAAAAUGCAAUAAAUAUAACUGGGGAAACAGUAGGGUGAGCAAUGGAAUAGCAGAACAAAUUAAAAACUAACAGAGCUGAAAGGUUUUGUGCUGCUUUUUCAAAUAACUCUGCCAGUCAGAGAUCUUAUGCGUUUUCAAGUCCCCGUAGAGAUUUCAUCUCAAUAAGUGAGCCACUCAAAUUAAAUUAUUCACAAGGAAUAGAGAAAACUUGGUAAGUAAUGGGCACACCGUUUUCAUGUCAAGUGUACAGCUGACAUUUCUUUCCCAGAAGUAUGUAUUUUAAUGGAGAUUUUUAUUAUGUUAGUGAUUUUUAUGUUCAUUAUAAUACAAUGCAAUAUUGUUUUAUUUAUUUAGUACAAGAUGAGAAGUAGAACAUUGAUGAGUAAAAUGAACAUUGUUUUCAUGUCAAGUGUAGGCUACAGCUGAAAUAUUUUUUUCAGAAAUGCAUUGUUUGUACAGUAUUGUGUUGAUAUUGUUUAUAUUCAUCAUGAUCAUCCAUCGCAUUUUCAUGAUUAAUGACAAUUUAUUUUAUUUUUAUGUUUUUAAAACAUGCCAAUCCUCAUUCUGAUUGUAAGAUCCUCUCUGUCUCUCACAUAUCAUGUGCACUUACUGAAAUGGAAACCUUUUAAUGUGACCUCAGAUCAUGGCAUUCACCAAGAGAUCAGCGGCGAACUCACUCACACUCUUUGAAAACAAAAGUGCUAUCUAGAACCUAAAAGGGUUCUUUGGCUGGCCCCAUAGGAGAACCCUUUGAAGAACCCUUUCCACAGAGUGUUCUACAUGGAACCACAAAGGGUUCUCCUAUGGGUACAACCGAAGAACCCUUUUGGAACUCUUUUUUUCUAAGAGUGCAGAGUAGAGAUGGAGAACUUUGUACAGGAUGGUUUUGACUGAGACUCAGUACUGUUUAACAGCUUGAGUCAGACUUUCCAUAGCUGUGGCACAGUAGAUCAACCAUCUUUGAUGUCUACUUCUCUCAUGUCUACUGUGACUGUUACAGUAACUAUCUUUGAUGUAUCCCCUCUUCCCCCAUGUCUACUGUGACUGUUACAGUAACCAUCUUUGGUGUAUCCCCUCUUCCCCCAUGUCUACUGUGACUGUUACAGUAACCAUCUUUGAUGUAUCCCCUCUUCUCCCAUGUCUACUGUGACUGUUACAGUAUUCUUCAAGCAGUCUCUUUUGGAUGUGGUUCAUACUCAUACACCACUUCAAGGACACAUAUGUAAAUAACAAUUCCCAAUGAACUUGUUCAGUAGUAUGAAUAGGUGUCAAACAAAGUGUCUCUGCUUUUUCAUGGACACAGUCAUUUCCCUACGAAGAGGAGCAGCCUUAUCUGAAGGUCAGAUGAACUUGAACAUGACCUGAUCUGGGUGUAGAGACUGCCUAUGAGAGUGUGUCUGACAUUAUGUGAAGUCGGGCUACUUGCUGUUUGAACAAGGUCUUAUCCAGAUUUCCACGAAUUAAACCAUGUAAAAUAUCAGCUUUAACUGUCAUCAUAGGAUAAAAUGAUAUUUCAAUUGAUUUUCCGAUCAAUUGUUUUUUAUGCUCAUUGAAGAAGAGAUGACUGUGAACAUUAAAAUUGCUUUUUCAUUUG